GAUGGAGGCUGUCGUGAACUUGUACCAGGAAAUGCUAAAGCAUGCAGAUCCCCGGAUCCAGGGCUACCCUCUGAUGGGGUCCCCACUGCUAAUGACCUCCAUCCUCUUGACCUAUGCGUACUUCGUUCUCUCACUUGGGCCUCGCAUCAUGGCCAAUCGGAAGCCUUUCCAGCUCCGUGGCUUCAUGAUUGUCUACAACUUUUCACUGGUGGCACUCUCACUCUACAUUGUCUAUGAGUUCUUGAUGUCUGGCUGGCUGAGUACCUAUACCUGGCGCUGUGACCCUGUGGACUAUUCCAACAACCCUGAGGCACUUAGGAUGGUUCGUGUGGCUUGGCUCUUCUUCUUCUCCAAGAUCAUUGAGUUGAUGGACACGGUGAUCUUCAUUCUCCGGAAGAAAGAUGGGCAGGUGACCUUCCUACAUGUCUUCCAUCACUCAGUGCUUCCCUGGAGCUGGUGGUGGGGGGUAAAGUUUGCUCCAGGAGGAAUGGGCUCUUUCCAUGCCAUGAUAAACUCCUCUGUGCAUGUCGUCAUGUACCUGUACUAUGGAUUGUCUGCCCUCGGCCCUGUGGCUCAGCCCUACCUUUGGUGGAAGAAACAUAUGACAGCCAUCCAACUGAUCCAGUUUGUCCUGGUCUCGCUGCACAUCUCCCAGUACUAUUUCCUGCCCAGCUGUGGCUACCAGUACCCCAUCAUCAUCCACCUCAUCUGGAUUUAUGGCACCAUCUUCUUUGUGUUGUUCUCCAAUUUCUGGUAUCAGUCUUACACCAAGGGCAAGCGGUUGCCCCGUGCACUUCAGCAAAAUGGAGUCCCAGGAGCCAAGAUCAAGGCCAAUUGAGAAAUAUGGCUUAGCUAGACGCCCACCUAAGUGCCUCGGGACUGCACCUUGGGCAGCAUCCAUCAGUGUCCUCCCCUACACCUGUGACCAGGGCUUAUGUGGUCAAGACUGAGCAGGGGACAGGCCCUCCCCUCCACAGCUGGUACACAGGGGCCACUGCCUCCAUUCCUCUCACUUCUCCUGGCCAGCUCCAGGGAUGUGGCCUCAUUGCCCUCUGCCACUUCAGAGCUGGGGGCUGAAAGGGCUGGACACUUACUUCCCCCUCUCUGCCUUAAACUUGGGGGAGGAGCACUCAGGGCUGGCCCCCACCAGGGUCUUGUGGCCUUUUUCUCAUACUGAAGAGGUCAGCAAUAAUCUGUCACUGUGGACCCAGGCUCCCUUUUUCUCCACCCCCACACUGAAGCAGUAGCUUCUCGGCCAAAGGUCAGGGUGGGUAAGGGUCCUGGGAAAAAAGCCUGUGGAGGCUGCUCACUCACUUGUGUCUUAAUUAAAAGUGACAGAGAAAACCA